CAGAACAGGAGGCGGAAAACCGGGUUUCACAUCCUUUAUCGAUUAUCUCACAGCAGCUUGACAACAGAAACCGGCUUUAUCUCCGCUAUCUUUAUAGUUCCUACAAGUCCUCAGGUGAACUUUAGCCGCCUUGGUCAUAAUCAUAAAAUGUCAGUAUUGUGGUACGGAAAGCAGCAAUGGCGGCUAAAGACCCAAAGAUACUUAUAAUAGGAUGCGGAAUUUCAGGUAUAUCAGCGGCUCUCAGGCUCUUUAAAGCUGGGUUUCGUCAUGUGCGGAUACUUGAAGCGACUGAAAACACCGGUGGACGAAUUAAAACGGCCAAACUGGGUAAUACCAUUACAGAGAUAGGUGCGACUUACAUCCACGGUCCGUCCGAGGAGAACCCAUUGUUUUGUCUGGCUCGCGACUACGGCCUCCUGGAUCCACAGGCCCUCACCCCAGAGAACCAAACCAUGGAUGUUUAUGAAUAUCCUCCCUGGGUUGGCAACUGGUUCAGCAGUUCAGGUCAGAAGCUGAGUGCUGAAAGCAUGGAUCCUGCUCUGGAGAUGUUUCUUGAGCUGAUGUAUGAUACUAAUCCGUCUGAGAUUGACAAAGAAUGUGCCAGUGUUGGACAUUUCAUACGAUCACAGGCUCAGCUACGGACUGCAGAGAAGUGGAAAGAUAAGGAUGAAACCACAAGGCAGCUGCUACUGUGUGCACUCAGCACCAUGUUGAAAUUUGAAUGUUGUGCAAGUGCGACUCCCUCCAUGGAUGAGAUAGACCUGGCAGGAUUUUCAGUGUACAAGGAUCUAAAGGGAGUGGACUGCACAUUCCCAAGUGGCUAUGAAAGCCUAAUCCAGAACUUGAUGUCGGAGCUUCCCGCUGAUUUAGUGACCUACAAUUGUCCUGUGCGCUGUGUCCACUGGAAUGGCAAAGAGAGCGGAGAAAAUACUGUGACAGUCGAGUGUGCUGAUGGGAAGAGGAUUGCUGCUGAUCAUGUUAUUGUCACAGUGCCUCUAGGAUACCUUAAGAAGCACCAUUCAACCCUGUUCUGUCCUCCUCUCCCGGCCCACAAACUCCACUCAAUCCAAAAAAUAGGAUUUGGAACCACGGACAAAAUAUACGUCGAGUUUGAAUCUCCGUGGUGGGAUGCUGACUGUGAGGUCAUCUACCUGGUGUGGAAAGAUGAGGAGGAUAUUUCAGAUCGUGUGUCUGAUAUAAGCAAAUCCUGGAUCAGAAAGAUAUCUGUGUUCACUGUAAUCAAACCUUCUGAAAGCCACAUUCUCUGCGGCUGGAUUUCUGGGCAUGAGGCCGAGUAUAUGGAGAGACUUCCUGAGCACGAAGUCAGGCGUUCCAUCACCGAGUUCGUCCAUACAUUCACAGGAAACUCUGCCAUCACACCAAAGAGAAUCCUGUGCUCCCGCUGGUUCAGUGAUCCCUGGACAUGUGGAUCCUACUGUCACCUAGCAAUAGGCUGUUCAGCACAGGACCUGGAGAACAUGAUGGAGCCUCUGCCUGCAAAGGGAGACAAGUCACAGCCCCUGCAGGUGCUGUUUGCUGGAGAGGCGACUCAUCCCUGCUACUACUCCAGCGUCCAUGGAGCACUGCUGACUGGGUGGAGAGAAGCUGAUAGGCUCAUCACUCACUACUCCUCUGUCAGUCCUUGUGGCGACUCAAAUCAGAAGCUUUAAAAGCUAAACUUGUACUCAGCACAUAUUCCUGUCUUUUCGGUGUCUUUUUAAAGACACUGAAAAGUUGUUGACAUGUGUUGUGGGUUGCUAAAGACAGCAAGAUUAAAAGGGGAAGAGAAUCGGCAGGUACACCAGGAACAAGAAGUGUAAUAAUCAGAAUUCUGCAGCCCAGCCCCUCAUCUAGGUUUCAUGGUAGAACCUUGAUGCUACACUAGCUGCUUUAAUCUCCAGCUGGUGGUUGAGUUGCAUUCUGGGUAACAUCAGUGUCAAACUUUGAGCAAAAAAGAAAAAUGUGUGUAACCAAAUCUGCCCAACAAAAGUACAACAAUACUAUUAGCAACUGGAGAUUACCAAUUUUACAACAACUAUAAGCAUAAAAUACAAACAAGACAGCUACACUCAGAAAAUCAUAGGCAUACAAUGUAAAAAACAGUCUAACAAAGACAAUGUCCUGUCUCAGUAAAAUGAUUAUAUUAGGGCAAAGUCAAUAGUUGACAUCAGGUCUAAGCAGGGGCUAAGCACAGGGAGAGUCCAAAAGCCGACAGGUACUUAAACUUGAAAGCUGCAGCAGAUAAUAUUCAGCAGAUAAGGGGACAGAGAGAAUGAAACUGGGUCAGUAUACAUACUGUGGGGUUUAUGAGGGACAGCUGAUGGAUGAAUGUGUGAUUUGUCUGACUGGUAGAACUGCAAGUCUGAUGGGAGUGGCAUGGCCUGGAAUGACAUAAAAGUUGGGAAAACAGGCAGACAUGAAUGUAAUAAUCUAGCAGAUAUGGUGACAAAAGGAAAAAGGAUGCUACAGAAGAAAAUAUUAUAGAGCUCCUAAAGCUCCCAAAGAAAAUUCUGGUGACAAAAACUGCACAAUGCAUUCUCAAAUAUGCUGUAUGCCAACAGUUUUAGAGGCCUUUCAGAACAAUGCAAAACAGCAAGUGCAUGAACUGGAUCGAUUGAUUUCCCAGUAAUUAUAUUAAACAAAUACAGUUUGAAACAAUGGACCAGACACACAAAGUUGAGCCAGUACUGUCUUUAUUUACAUCUGUCUCAAAUAGCUGAAAUUGAUGGAAAGAUCUACUUCUAUGUUAGUUGAUGUUCGUGAAUAAAUAAUUCAGACGGGGACAACGCCUUGUGGUUAUGUUGUUAUAUGUUUUUUAUGUGAGUAAAAGAAUGUUUAAUGGAAUUAUUUACAGAUUUAAGCAUAUAUACCAGAAUAUAUAUAUGGUAUUGAAAUGUACAAUAUUGUUUGUUCUUAUGGAAAUUAAAUUGCUGCAAUAGAUGGGUAUUAUCCUGA